UUGACUCUCUCUGUCUUGCCGUGUGUUUAGAGAAAACAACAUUUUCAUUGCAGCCAUGAAUCAGAAGGUUGUACUGAUCACUGGUUGUUCUUCUGGAAUUGGACUGGCACUUGCUGUUCGUUUUGCCAAAGAUGAGAAGAAGAGAUUCAUGGUGUAUGCCACCAUGAGGAACCUGGCAAGAGGAGAAGCUCUGGUGGAGGCAGCAGGUCGUACUUUGGGUCGCACAUUGGAGAUCAAGCAGCUCAACGUUUGUGAUGAGAAGUCGAUCAAAGCCUGCGUGGACAGUCUGCCCAUGCGUAGGGUUGACAUUCUCAUCAGUAAUGCAGGAAUGGGACUGAUCGGCCCCAUUGAGUGUCAGUCCAUUGAUGAGAUGAAAACUGUCAUGGACACCAACUUCUUUGGGCUUGUGCGACUGCUGAAGGAGGUUCUGCCUGAUAUGAAGAAGAGAAAAAGUGGCCACAUAGUGGUCAUCAGCAGUGUCAUGGGGAUUCAGGGUAUAUUGUUUAAUGACAUUUAUGCUGCUUCCAAGUUUGCUGUUGAAGGUUUCUGUGAGAGUCUGGCAGUUCAAGCUCUGAGGUUCAAUCUAAAUAUAAGCCUCAUUGAACCUGGACCAGUUGUCACAGAGUUUGAACGUAAAGUGUAUGAGGAAGGCUUGAAGAUAGACCUCUCCGCAGCUGAUAAAGUGACUGCAGACAUGUUCACCAACAUCUACUUGAAAAAUUACAGCCAGAUAUUUGAGACUCUUGGACAAACACCAGAGGAUGUUGCAGAGCACACAUUCAAAAUCAUUAACAUGGAGAACCCACCAUUUCGCCAUCAGACUAACACACUGUACACACCCAUGACCACCCUGAAAUAUGCUGAUCCAAAUGGUGACCUUCCCAUUGAAACCUUCUACAAGAUGGUUUUUGAACAUGACAAGGUCUUCAAUGCCAGUCUCAAUUUCCUCAAGCUCCUACGGUGGAGAAGCCGUAAGAGCUUCACUUUGGACAAAGACAAGACUGCCUUAAAGAAUCUUAAGGAAUAAUUUAGAAACUAUGGAAACUUCCUUGAUUUCCCUUUUCUGUUAUUAACUGCUUCAAGUGCAGAAAAAAAAAAUCAAAUAUGAAAAACAUAAAAUACCAAACACUGUAUGAUUUCCGCCACUGAAAAUCAUUGAGAGCUUGCUAAAAGUUUGCUAUAUUAUUUAUAAUUAUUCUACUGUUACUUGUGAAAAAUUGUUCUUUGGUCUAAUUUUCUUUCAAGA